AUUACGAGUCAAAAAAAUGGGUUACGUGCAAGUGCAAAUGUCUUAAAAUGUGACAUUACCUUAAAAAAAACCUCAAGCAAGAAUGUAGCUUCGGAAGUUGCCACUCUUCCACCUCUUCCUCAAAUUUUACAAAAAUUUGUAGAUCUUGAUUCGAAGGUGGCCUUACUUGAUUUACACCCGUAUUCUCAAAUAAUGGAAGCUAGAAUGGGUAACGGAUCUUUAACUCUCUAUUUGGCAAGAUCUUUAUAUCCCACUGGUUAUUUACAUUCUAUAAAUAUUAAUUGUGAUGCCAGUAUUAAGGCACAUGGAAAUGUUGCGCGUUUUUCACGUGGAAUAUAUUCCGAUUACGUAUUGUUCAGCAUAGGUCAAUGUUCAAAA